UGUGGGGUUUGAGGCGUCAGUGCGCUGCCGUUGCUCAUAGAGAUAGGGUCCGAGUUUGCAUCGCUUGUGCCAACGCUCGGGAAUCUUUGUUAACGAAAAAACGAGUAAAAAUUCGCCGCGUGUCACGAAGAGUGUAUAUCAAUAAAAAAAGGAAACUCCACUUAAUAUUUCUUUCUACUCGAUCAUUUCUUCUGACGAAAGUGAUCGUGCACAAGAGAAUAGAAAAUUAAAAAGUCCGAUAAAAAAUAGUAAACUCGCGCGCGGCUCCGUGGGGCGGGAGAUUUGAAAAAUAAACGAUAGCAAAAGAUAGCUGCUCGGGUGAUCUUAUGUGUGAUCAAGAGGGCCGAUACUUCAAGUGGAGAGAAGCUCGGGGCUGGGAAGACGAGGGGAAGAGAAAUAUCCCGUCUUCGGUAAUAGAUCAACUGCUGGGUGAUCCGACAGAGUCCAUGAACUCGUCGGACGAAGCAGCAGCGAAAAGCGAGGAGGAUAACAGCAGCAGCAAAACUCCCGAGUGCUUCGAGGACCAAAGAAGCUCGAUGCUCGACGUCAAACCUUUAACCAGAUGCCUAUGACCGUUCCACAGCUUUAUUUCUCUCGAAAUCAUACACGAAUAUAAAUAAAUUACACUUGUAAAGCGUAACACUGUGACCUGCGUUAUUCAAACGUCAGAAUUCGCGUUAGUAUCUACAUAUAUAGUGCGCGUGUACAAAUGAAUAAAUGUGGAGAAGCUGACCGCGAUUCGCUUACACCCUGCACACACGUGAACAACGCCGCGUGGGCUUAAACGCACAGCUGUGAUAAUAUUAUAAAAUCUACGAUAAUAUAGAAGAGGAAUAUUAAAUAAUCAAUUAGAAUAUCAUCGGCUGAUAAGAAUCUAUUUGAUUUGUUUUCGAUGACGUUCACGACUGCUAUUCAAUUCUGUACAUAAAUUCAAAUAUAUACGAAUAUAACGUCAUUGGUGUCAAAUUGUGUAUAUAUAUUUUUCUAAAACCUCCAAUAACAAGAAAUAAAAUAAGGAAAAUGUUGCGAAAUGACAAAGAACCUGAUAAUGGCAUCAGCAUCAAAUGCGGCGCUGAAAGAAACGGCGACAAAAACAAAGGUGCUUACAAAUUGGUACCAAGGAAACCGGAAAGACAAAAGCACAUGAACGGAACCUCGGGAAAAAAAGUUAAGGAUGUUGCGACUGAGGGCGAGCUGGUACCACCGGACGGAGGUUGGGGCUGGCUCGUGCUCAUCGCAUCCGUCAUGGUGAACGUUCUCAUCCCCGGAACGAUAAAAUGCUUCGGUGUCCUUCUCGCCGAGUUUAUGGAAGUGUUUGACGCCCCUCUUUCCACCGCAUCGUGGAUUCCUUCGCUGUGCUAUUUCCUCUACAGUUCCCUUGGCCCACUGUCGAGCAUCCUCUCUGUCAGAUAUUCCUACAGAACGGUCACCCUCAUCGGAGGGACAUUUGCUGCUGCCGGAAUGAUUCUCAGCUAUUUCGCCAAUUCUGUUGGAUUUUUGUGCAUAAGUUACGGAGUUUUCGUCGGGAUCGGAGCCGGACUGUCGUUUCCCCCGACAGUUUACAUCGUGACGUCCUACUUCGUGAGGCUCCGAGGCCUCGCAAAUGGUCUCUGCAUUUCCGGCAGCUCGCUCGGUUCAAUUUUUUUACCACCGAUACUGGGAAUGCUUUUGCAAGAAUACGGUUACAGAGGAGCAGUUUUGCUGAUGGGCGCAGUGACGCUGAACGUGUGGGCGUCGGCGCUGCUGUACGAGCCGGUGGAAAAGCACAUGAAGAGGGUGCCGAUGUCGCAGGACUGCGAGGACGAGAUGGAAGAGGGUUCGCUAGCUGUGACGAGUCCGGAAGAGGAGAAGAAGCUGAACAACGUGCUCAUAAUUCCGAAUUCGACGGUGAGCGUGGCGUCGCCGAUCGUUCCGAAGAGCGCGUCGAGCGUGGCGCUCGAGAAUUACAAGAACACGCCGGUCCAGGGGAGAACUCGAAAAAUAAGCGUGCCAACGGGUCGCGAUUUGGCGAGUCAGAUGCACAGCACGCCGGCGUUGCACGCCGUCCCGGAGCGGGGGGGUUUCGAAAGUGGAAGAUUGUCGAAAAGGAGGACCGCUCGUUCGCCGAGUUCCUCCUCUUUCAAUUACGUCAGCACGCCCUAUCACGGGAGCACGUUAUCGACGCUCCAUCCCGAGCACGCGUCGACCAUGACCCUCAACGCCAUAACGAGCACCUUCGCGAGAAAGUCUCCGGAAAAAACGGUCAAGACGGAGAACGCUGCGAGGGCCAAGUUCUUCGACAUCAGCCUCCUCAAAGACCCGAUGUAUCUCGUCAUCCUCAUCUCAAACAGCACGAACGCCGUCAGUUACACUAAUUUCGUAAUCCUGCUUCCCGCAUACGCGAUUUCUCUGAGUUUCGACAAAAAUAUGUCCUCGCUGCUGCUCUCAACCGUCUCGGUGUUCGAUCUCAUCGGCAGGAUCGGCGGAUCCGCCCUCUCCGACAUGAAAAUCAUGCCGAAACAUUGGUACUUCGUCGGCGGGCUCUUCGUCUCCGGCAUCUCUCUGGCUCUCCUUCCGCUCGCCACCUCCUACGUCUGGCUCUCCGUCUACUGCGGCGUGUUCGGGCUCGCUUCCGGCAUCUACGUCGGCGUCACCGCCGUCAUCAUGGCGGACAUGCUCGGCACCGAGAAGCUCACCUCCUCCUACGGCAUUUCCCUCUUCGUCAACGGCGUCAUCCAGCUCGUCGGACCCCCCAUCUGCGGACACGUUUUCGGACACAUCGGCAGCUACGGACCCAUCUUCAGUAUUCUCGGCGUCAUCCUCGUCGCCGGCGCUUCCCUCUGGGGCUUCAUGCCCUUCAUCAGACGACGACAAACCAUCGCUGCUCACAACGCUCAAAUCGACAAAUUAUAACCUACUACCCCCGAUCCUAAAGACAUUGUUCUCAGCUUCGAGCAUACUCACUACGAGAGUGAAUGAAAUAUUCGAUCCUGCGUCAUCGAAAAACGAAGUCGGUUGCCAAACUCCGGGCGUUUCGAGCUGAUGACCAAUUUUUUAUUUUUUAUCUUUUAUUCGAGACCCCACCAUUCGAAUGGAGGACAAAAAUUCAUUUCGAAAUUGUAAAAUUUAUCGAAAAAAAGUUCUACUUUGGAAAACCGUGUACGCGAAAGCGAGAUCGCGUCGAGUUCGACGCUCCGGUUUUCGCAGAAACGAGACCCCCCGAGACAGAGUGCACGGUUGGCAAACGCUGGAUAAAAACGAACUUGAAAAAUUGUGACGCGUCGAAACGAAUGAUCGUGAUCGGGACGUUACUACUUCACGAGGAUCCUUCGACAGGAUUCGCAUAAAUAGUUUGUAGACGAAUGGACAUUUUAAUGCCGAAACGAAGAUAUUACUGGUAGCCCUAAUUCUCGUGUUUUAAUUACGACGGAGCAAUAUAAAGAUGAAAGUAAAUGGUAACUUCGAUUAGGAAUAAAAGGAUUGUGAAAAUCCGCUAGAGAGACUCUGAUUUCGCGACGGUCAUAAUUCAUUGCCUUGGACCGAUUCGUAGCGUUUCUCAAUAUUUCGGAAAACAAAUUUCUAUUAAAAAUGUAUAAAGGAGAGAAAAACAAAAAUCAAGAAAAGAAACAAAGUCUUGCCUUAUUAUUAUAUUCGUACUUUAAAAAUGUCUUAGGCGAGCACAAGAUUAUUAUAUUCUGACUGCAAACGCUAGAAAGUUGAAUAUAUCACACUAGUUUAUGGCACAAAAACAAAACUAUGAUUCGACUCCACAAAGGAGAAAAAAAUAAGCUGAUGUAUUACUUUUGUAAAUGUACAUAUUCUCGAUGCCCCAAAGGGGGGGGGGGGGGGCGAUUUUUAAAAAAUGCAGAUGAAAUCAUGCGUUCUUUCUCAUUUACAAGUCCCUGAAUGAGAAAACAAAAAUCGAUUAUUACCACUCGAAGUUUAGAUUCUUAAGUUAUGAAAUUUGAAUAAUUGUUCAGUUUAUAGAAAAUAUAUACUCGAAAUUUUUAAGGGAAGUUGGAAAAAAGUUCAUUCGAUUAGUUACGUGGUCGAAGGACUUUUGGAAUUACAGGCUUUUCGAUAUCUAUUUUUUAAAUUUUACAUCUGUAGGAAACGAAAACUGUCGAUGAACAUUUUCGAGGCAAAACGUUUUCCAAAAUUUCCUGACAGGGACCUGUUUUGUCAUGUUGACGUUUAGCUUCUAAGGGGACUACUAUCAUUAUUGUACGGAUGAAAAAAUAAGAUACGAAUGCGAAGAUUUAUAAACACAGGAGAUGGUGAAUAGUGAUGAAGAAAAAGCCAAAAAUGAUGUGGACCACAUCUCGUCGGAUCGAAUUAUCCGCGCGAGGAUUCGUCAGGAGUCUCGCUCGAAAUGUUUCAUCGAUAAAAACUUAAACAGCCGAGAGAUUCCACGAGUUUUGGUAUGAAUAGCCUCGAGUCCAUUUGGAUUUUUAGUCGCGCUUCACCGCGAAGCUCCGAUCCGAAAUAGUUUUAUUUCAUGAAUUAUUUUGAGGUGCGCAUUUAAGAACGCUCUGGUUUACGGUGCGGACUCUAGACUACAGUAUUUUAUAGAUUAUUUUGUAUCAUCCUUCGUUCUAAUCGAUCACUCAAUCGCUCAUUUUCGAAGCGAUCGAAAUUAUAUGUUUAUUCUGCGAAUAAACACUUUGAAUCAUCAAA